AUGCAGGCGACCGAUACUACGAAGAUGGCGGAUGGCGCAAGCACGAUUGAUGAGACUGCACAAGUACCUGAACGUUCUGAACCGAGAUUGGAAGAACCAAAGGAGCAUUUCGAGAAUGUGUCCGCGAAUGAUGAUACGACCGACCAAGCGCAUACCCGCGAUCCAGAAAAGACCACGCCACCCUCAGUAUCAUCACCAAACACCACCGACCCCUCACACCCAGAUAAAGAGAAGAGCACAGCAGAAGUCAUCGCAAAGGAAAAGACCGCCGAUGACACAACCCCCGAAGACACAACCCCCUCCUCCGAAUCACAAUACCUCUCCGGCCCCAAACUCGCCAUCCUAACCCUCGGCCUCUGCCUAACCACCUUCGUAAUCGCCCUCGACAACACCAUCAUCGCAACCGCAAUCCCCCGCAUCACCACCGUCUUCAACAGCCUCGAAGAUGUAGGCUGGUACGGAUCGUCCUACCUGCUCACCACGACAUCCCUCCAGCCCUCUUUCGGGAAAGUGUAUACCUACUUCGAUGUAAAGUAUACGUAUCUGUCUGCUUUGGUCCUGUUUGAGGUGGGCAGUGUCAUUUGUGCCGCAGCGACUAGUUCGGCGAUGUUUAUUGUGGGCAGGGCGGUUGCGGGUGCGGGGGCGGCGGCGUUGUAUUCGGGGGGUAUGACGAUUAUUGGGUUUUCGGUGCCGUUGAGGAAGAGGGCUAUUUAUAUUGCGGCGCUGUCGUCUAUGUUCGGCAUCGCAUCUGUCGUUGGGCCGAUCCUUGGUGGUGCGCUUACGGAUCGAGCAAGCUGGAGAUGGUGCUUCUGGAUUAACCUUCCGUUCGGUGCUGUGUCGCUGGGCGUGGUGUUCUUCUUCUUUACGAAUCCGAAAAGGAUGUACUCGCAUCUGCCGGUGAAGCAGCGGCUGAAGAAUAUUGACAUCGUGGGGGCUGUGUUCUUGAUCUGUGCGAUUGUUUGUUUGCUGUUGUGUCUGCAGUGGGGUGGGUUUAGUUACUCGUGGAGUGACUCGAAGGUUUGGGGGACGCUGCUGGGCUUCGGACUGCUCAUCUCUGUCUUCAUCGGCUUGCAGAUACGCAAGGGAGAUCGGGCAACGAUACCCGUUCGCGUGUUUACGCAGCGAACAGUGCUGGUCAGUUGCUUGUACUCAACAUUACUAUCCAUGGCUCUGUACACCCACAUCUUCUACCUCCCCUUCUACUUCCAAGCCAUCAAAGGCACCUCCGCCGAAGAAUCCGGCAUCCGCACCAUCGCCUACCUCGUCAGCAUAACCGUGUCCUCCAUCGUAAUCGGCGGCCUCAUCACCCUCGUCGGCUGGUACGCCCCCUUCAUGUGGUUCGGCAGCGCCAUCUUCGCCAUCGGCGCCGGCAUGCUCUACACCCUCACCGUCCACUCCCCACCCGGCCAAUGGAUCGGCUACCAGAUCCUUGCGGGUAUCGGCGCAGGAGCCGGUGUGCAGAUCCCGUUUGUCGCCGUGCAGGUUGUUACGAACGAGACGGAUAUGCCUACGGCCAAUGCAUGCGUUAUGUUUUUUAAUUCGCUGGGCGGCGCGCUUUCGAUAAGUAUUGCGCAGAAUAUCUUUGUUAAUACGUUGGCGAAGGAGCUGCCGAGGUAUGCGCCGGGGUUUGAUGCGCGCAUCGUGGCGAAUGCUGGGGCGACGAAUUUGAGGAAUGUUGUGCCGGGGGAUAUCUUGCCGGGGGUACUGCAUGGUUACAACAACGCGAUCGUCACGGCUUUCAUACUGGCGAUUGCGACGAGUAGUGUGGCUUUCUUUGUUAGUCUGGGUAUGGAGCAGAAGAGUGUCAAGGGGAAGAAGAUCAUGGCCGGUGGUGCGGCAUAG